AACGGGCGCGCGCACGCUAGACGGCAGCGCCCGCUCACUGGGGAGGACACCCUCCCAUCCCCCGCCCCCAAGAAAGUAGCACGAUGGCGGCCGCGGGGGGUCCCUCCGCGCCACCGCACUCUCGAGCCGUGAGUGAGCUCUGCCAGAACGCCCGAGACACCUUUCUGGAGGCCUCACGGCUACUGCUCACCUACGCGGACAAUAUCCUCAGACACCCAAAUGAAGAAAAAUAUAGGUCUAUUCGGAUUGGAAAUCCAGCAUUUUCGACUCGGUUGUUACCUGUCAGAGGAGCAGUUGAAUGUUUGUUUGAAAUGGGAUUUGAAGAGGGAGAAACUCAUCUUGUUUUUCCUAAGGAAGCCUCAAUUGAACAACUACACAAAAUCCGAGAUCUGAUUGCUGGAGAGAGAAAUAGCAGAUUAAGUGAAUCAAGUCAAACCCAAAGAUCAGGAUCUUCUCAAACUGUAACCAGUAUGCAGCCUAUUGUACCUCAGUCUUCAACAGCUGUUGACUCAACCCCAAUCCCUGUCAAUAGGCAACUACAAACAUCAACUGCACAAUCUGCUGCAAUGGAGGCUGAAACAAUCUUUAAAACCCUUCAAUCAAACUUUCAGCAUGUGCAAGUGUAUGAGAACCAGUCUCUUCAGAAGAAAGCAUUGGCUUCUAUUCCAGUCCAAGCAUUGAAAGAGAGAGCUCAAGAAAAGUUAGCACAAGCCAAAAAAGUGGAUGAAGGAACCCAUGUGAAUGAAGAUGAUUUUUUAUUGUUGGAGCUCUUGCAGUGGUUUAAGGGUGAAUUUUUCCAAUGGGUGAAUAGCCUUCCUUGCAGCAAGUGUGGUGGUCAGACAGAAUCUAAAGGUAUCUUAUCACCUAAUGAUGAAGAUCUGAGAUGGAAUGCAAACAGAGUUGAAAAUCAUCACUGUAACCAGUGCCAGUUCAGCAAUAGAUUCCCAAGGUAUAAUAAUCCUGAGAAACUUCUGGAAACAAGAUGUGGGCGUUGUGGAGAGUGGGCUAACUGUUUUACACUGUGCUGCAGAGCUAUAGGAUUUGAAGCUAGAUAUGUCUGGGAUUCAACAGAUCAUGUGUGGACUGAGGUAUAUUCUUCAUCCCAGCAGAGAUGGCUUCAUUGUGACCCUUGUGAAAAUGUCUGUGAUAAACCUCUUCUCUAUGAGAUUGGCUGGGGAAAGAAGCUCUCCUAUGUAAUUGCAUUCUCCAAGGAUGAGGUUGUUGAUGUCACCUGGAGAUAUUCCUGUAAACACGAAGAAUUACUUUCUAGAAGGACACAGGUCAAAGAAGCAGCUUUGCGUGAAACCAUAGAGAGGCUUAAUAAACUGAGACAACAAUCCUUGUCAGAAAGCAGAAAGAGAGUGCUCCUGGAGAGGAUAAUUGUGGAGCUUGUUGAGUUCAUUUCUCCCAAAACUCCUAAACCUGGUGAACUUGGUGGAAGGAUAUCUGGUUCAAUGGCUUGGAGAGUAGCCAGAGAUGAAAUUGGUUCAGAGAUGAGAAAAGAAGUCAUUUUUAUUCCAUCUGGGAAAGAGAAGACGUCUAAACUCUUCCACCUCAGUUACAAUAUAGUGGAAGAUAGCUAUACACGAGUUUCCAAUAAUAAUGAAAAAAUCACUGGCUGGGAGAAAGGUGUGUGGAAGACGGAGUCUCUAUGGAGAAAGGUUGAAACGGAUUGGAAAAUGGUUUAUUUAGCCCGAAAAGAAGGGUCAUCCUCUGCUUACAUCUGCUGGAAGUUUGAGUGUGGGUCAGUUGAUCUAAAAAUAGACAAUGUUUCCAUUAGAACGAACAGUCAGACGUUUCAUAGUGGAAGAAUAAGGUGGAGAUUGCGCUCCAACAUAGCAGAAGUUGAUCUGACUGGAGGAUGAUGCUCAGGCAAACCAAAAAUCACAGUUUCCUAUAAAACAGACCCAUAACAGAAUGGGUUUGGAGGACCAAGUGUAUUUUGGAGGGAGCAAAGCCUCACAACCUCCUUCAUCUACGGAGGCAGACAUAAUCCGCAGAAGACUGCAUACUCCUCUGCAGGUCUCCAUUCCCCUGGUGAGCAAGAGCAGUGCAGUGUCACUCACAAAGGGCACACACUGAGAGUUAAUGUUGAGUUACAAGAAAAUCCUCAGCUUUCCCUGAUGUCAUGAAUUGUUUUUAAACAACCUUAAAGAGAUUUGCAAUCACAGGAGUUAGUAACUUUGAACUUGGAACCUAUUGCUUCUUAGCCCUGCAUUUAGUCCACAUUUAACAUAGCUUUUUCUCAAGGGGCAUUAGUAAGAGGAGUAGCCUUCUCCCCAUCAAUUAAGAUUGAUAUCAUUGUGAUUGUUAGCCAAAAUGGCUGCCUUGGUAUUUCUGUGAAAAUUUUUGAAUAAUCUCAAUAAUAAAAUGUAUAGCUAGAUGUGGAUUUCACAACCUAAUUUAAAUUUUGGAGCUCUUAAAAAACCCCAAACAUAUACUUAUUUUUACAGAAAAAUUAAUGUGAAGACUCACCUAGUGCAAAAAUUAAUUGGCAAAAUUGUUUGCAGUGUUGUAACCAUGUAAAUUUAGUCAGUUUUUACCAGAUCUUAAUUAUGAGAUUUGAGGAUAAAACAAGUAAAGAAAAUGUUCAUGCCAUAUAUUCUACUAGAAGUCAAUAAGCAAGAAAAGACUAUCUAGUGAUACUGGAUAAUAAAACUCUUACUACUAUGUAAUCUUUGCUGCCUUGAUAGGGUUGUUAUUGCAAGUCAGAAAUUGAUACACAGUCCUCUCUUUUCAAUAUCCUAAAUUUUAUUAUUAUAUUUUAUAUCUAUAGAUCUAGAUAAUUAGGUUACUGAAAAGAGGGUUAUUAGGAAUUCCAGAAAACCCUAACCAUACUUGGUAAUUGGGUAAGCAGAUAGUGGAUCAGAUUUAAUAUUAGUAAGAUGAAAGUAAUGCCUGCUCAGUUUUCACACACAAUUUUGGACUCUGGGUUGGCCAGACCAUCUCAGGUUAAAAACAGUGGCUAUGGAGGGAGUCAUCCACUCAAAGCAAUGCAGCUUUUAAUGUGCACUAUUAAAAUGUUUGAAUGAAGUGAGGAGAUUUAAAAUAUUGUAGUCCUCGUUAAUCAACAAUACAUUUGCAACUCAAGUAUUACUUUCAUUUUGAUUAUAGCAAUAGCAAUCAGUAGAAAUACUUAUUUUAGGAAAGACUUGAUGAGGGAAACCCAAAGAUUAAAUACAAGUAAAAUACAAAAGUUACACCUCUACCUUGAUAUAACACUGUCCUUGGGAGCCAAAAAAUCUUACCGCAUUAUAGGUGAAACCGCGUUAUAUAGAACUUGCUUUGAUCCGGCAGAGUGCGUAGCCCCGCCUCUCCGGAGCACUGCUUUACUGCAUUAUAUCAGAAUUCGUGUUAUAUCAGGUCGCGUUAUAUCGGGGUAGAGGUGUAUAUUGAACUCCCUCUUGUGUCCCUGAAGUACCCUUUGUAAGGUAGAAUAGGUUGAACUCUUUAGCAAAUACAUUCUUUUAAAUGACCUCUUUUUCUGAUCUCCAUUUCAGUGCAGAUCAAUUUUUAUUAAAAAGGCCAUUUUUUUUUUUUACUUAAAUGCCAGUUUCUUCCUGUGACAGCACUUGCUUUCUUUCAUCAAUGAUUCCUUGACAAAACCUUAUGCUAGAGUGGACUUAAAAUAUUGUAAGGUAAAAAGGUUCCAUGCUGUGAAGUGCUUCAAAAGUAUGGGUAUCAAUUUGUGACGACUGUGGUAUGUGUUCUUGAUUGAGUUAAAUGGGGAAAUUGUUAGGCCAUGUGUAGAUGGAAGUCACCAUUUACAUGGCUUUUUAAGAGUUUGGGGUGUGAACAGAAAAAAAAAUACAGGUUCCAAUGCUGCAAGGCCAAAUCAUAAUAUAUGUAGGACCUCAACCUAUUACAGACUCUAUGUAAUUGUGUACAAAAAUGAAUAUAUAGCUACAUAGCGUACCUACACUGCCUUCAAAGCAUCAUGGAAAUGUAACAAAAGUAAUGUUUUCAAACAGGUUCUUCUGAUAAGCACAAAAAUAGCCAAAUUAACACUUGCAACAUAAUUUUAAAUGCCAUUGCUACUCAAAGACUUACAUGAGCAACCUGAAUAGAAAGUCCCUCUCUCUUGGAUAGUAUUUGCCUUAUUGGUAUGACAUAUCUCUUUACAGCUGAUCAUAAUAUGUCUUUUUGUGUUAAAAUACAAUAUUAACAAGGUUGGGCUGUGGAAUUACCAGUCACUUGUGGCCACCAAAGAAAUAACAAAAAGUAAUAUCUUGCAUUGCUGUAAGUUCCUAGGAUAUCCGCAUCUGAUCCAUGAUCUGAAAUCAUGGUCCACGGAUAUCCACAUCCGCCAAUGUGGAUAUCCGCAGAUUUGCAGGGCUCUACUUGCCAGGUGCACUGUACGUGAAGGGAGCCCAUUGCAGGCAAUAAGAAGAUAAGAAUCGCCACACUGGGUCAGACCAAUGGUCCAUCUAGCCAGUCUCCGACAGUGGCCAGAACCAGAUGCUUCAGAGGGAAUGAACAGAACAGGGCAAUUUUCAGUGAUCCAUUUCUUGUCAUCCAGCACCAGCUUCUGUCAGUUGAAGGUUGCAUCCCUGACCAUGUCAGCUAAUAGCCAUUGAUGGACCUAUCCUCUAUGAGGUUAUUUAAUUAUUUUUUUAACCCACUUGUAUUUAGGUUGUCUGUGCAUUGUGUGAAGAGGUACUUCUUUUUGUUUGUUUUAAACAUUCUGCCUAUUAUUUCAUUGGCUGACCCCUGGUUCUUGUGUUAUGUGAAGGGGUAAAUAAUACUUCCUUAUUCACUUUCUCCAUACCAUGAUGAUUUUGUAGACUUCUAUAUCAUCCACCCUUAGUUGUCUCUUUUCUAAGAUGGACAGCCUAAAUCUUGUUUCUCUCUCCUAGCUGUUCUAUACCCCUAAUCAUUUUUGUUGCCCUUCCCUGUACCUUUUCCAGUUCUAAUAUAUCUUUUUUGAGAUGGGGUGACUAGAACUGCAUGCGGUAUUCAAGGUGUGGGUGUCCUUCACUCGCUCCAGGACCUGCCGCUGAAAUGUCCCGAAGAUGUGGAGCGGAAGGAUGUGGAGCGGGUGAAUUUAAAUAGGGGCAUUAUGAUAUUUUCUGAUUUACUAUCUAUGCCUUUCCUAAUGGUUCCUAACAUUCUAUUAGCUUUUUUGACUGCCACUGCAUAUUUUUCAGAGGACUGUCCACAAUGACUCUCUUAAGUGUUAACAGCUCAUUUAGACUACAUCAUUUUGUAUGUAUAGCUGGGAUUAUUUUUUCCACUGUACAUUCAUUUGCACAUAUCAAUAUUGAAUUUCAUCUGCAAUUUUGUUCCCCAAUCAUCCAGAAGGAGACCUUCUCCCGUUGGUGUGGUUAAUCCACCUCCACGGUAGCUAUGUUGAUGGGAGACAUGCUUCUGUUGAAAUAGCGCUGUCUACACUGGAGGUUAGGACAGUAUAACUAUGUCACUCAGGGGUGUGGAUUUUUCACACCCCUGAGAGAUGUAGUUAUUCUGAUGUAAAUUUGUCAUGUAGAUGUGUCCUUAAAUGCUCACAUAGAGAAGCAGGCGGUCCUCUAAAGUAGAAAUGACGCCUGCUGAUCCUGAAUGAUGUUUUGUUGCCUUUACAUAUUAGGCAACAGUAAAAGCUUUUUCCACACAUUGGUUCAGAAUGAAAUACACUCCAAAUUCUGAACAUCAGGAAAUACAGAACACUGAAAAUAAACUAUGUUUGUCU